CAGAAAUCUAUCCGAAUCGCUAUUUAUGUUUGUGGCUUUCUCCCCCCUCCGAUCCGAUGUCCCCCGCUUCGUCCGCCGCGCCGAUCCGACCUCCAGCCGCCGCGUUCUCUCCGCCGGGGACGCUCCCUCCGGCGCCGCCGGCUCCGCGCCAUGAGGAAGAAGCUCGACACCCGCUUCCCCGCGGAAUGAGAGUUCAACUUCAGCGGAGAUGGCUUAAUUGUCUCGAGAGAAGAUCAACUCCAGGUCUUCUGCGGUGUUUCCUAUUUUGCCUCGGAUUAAGAAGAUCAUGCAAGCAGAUGAAGAUGUCGGCAAGAUUGCUCUAGCUGUACCUGUUCUAGUUUCCAAAGCGUUGGAGCUAUUUUUGCAAGACUUAUGCGAUAGGACAUAUAACAUCACUGUUGAAAAAGGGGUCAAAACAGUGAGUUCAUCACAUCUGAAACAGUGCAUUCAUAGUUACGAUGUGUAUGAUUUUUUGAAGAACGUUUCUAGCAAAGUUCCAGAUUUGGGUGCACCUGAUUCUAGUGUUGAUGAUAAGCUUGGCAAAAGAAGGAAACAUGGUGAAGAUGAAAGCGAGGAGGAAUCGAAGCGGACAAGAAAUGAGGCAGCAUGCCACACAAGCAACGGCAGAGGGCGUGGGAGGGGACGUGGGAGAGGUCGCCGUGCUGGGCGUGGAGCUGAGAGGGAGAUUGAACACCAUGAAUUAGGUUGUGCCCAAUUUAGCAAACCAGGCCACCUGAAGGUAGAGAUUGGAGACGUUGUUCUGGACACAAGUGAAACCAAAGAGCAUACCCCUUUGAGCAAUGCCAGGGCCUCCUUAAGGAACAUUGACUUGAACUUAGAUCUUGCUGACUACGAGGAGGAUACAGUGGCGCCGCAAGUCCAGCCUUCAGCUCCUGUGGUGACCGUGGCACCGCAAGUCCAGACUUCAGGACCAUCGGUUUCACAGUUGAAAGAAGAAGUGGAGACCAAGGAUUUCCUGGGCUGGCAAAUGCCUGAGAUGAACAAGAUGGCCAUGGACCCGGUCCAGUUUGCGUUGUCGUCAAACCAUAGAUUAGAGGAGGACGAAGACUAUGACAAUGAAGAAUGAUGUGACUCUAGUUUGAGAAGCUGAUAGGUAGACAUGACAUGAUGUACAUCCUAGCAGGCCAAGCUUGACAAUGUAGUAGCAAUUCUCUUGUAGUAUGUGUACUGGCAGAUGCUGCAGAAGUAAUUUAGGAUGUGACAUAUGUUGAUUGCUCAAUAGCCAGUAGUAGCUAGUAUUUUGUGUAGCAACUAUAUAGUGUAGCAACUAUAUAACUAGACAGGUUCUCCGGUUGUAAAUCAUGGUUGCUUUUAGAUCAAAUGCUAUGUCAUAAUGCUUAUGUUAGCUCUUA